GUCACAAACUCUCGUAUGCUAGCUACUGUCACUGUCUCCUGCUGAGACUUCAUUGACUCUUUUUUUGUCAUAUCUUAUUUUCUCCAUUCUCCUGAUUAGUUCCAACUUGUUCCUUACUUCAGCAUUCCAAACUACAGGUUCUCUCUCCUAUUCAUCUUACAUUUAAGUUAAUUUCAUUCUACAGGAUCGGAAAAGUCGCUUCUGAUGGUGGGGUGGUUCGCCGGAAUAGGCGGCGAAAGUGGUGUCCGGGCGGUGGUGACCGGAAAACAGAGGCCGGAAGGGGUCACGGCAGUGAAUCAUUUAUACGAUCUUGUGGACAUAUAACAUAAUAAAGUAACUUGACUAUUAUUAAGAAGAGGAUGAAUAUAACAAAUGUGAGCGAGUAUGAAGCAAUUGCAAAGGAAAAGUUGCCAAAGAUGAUUUAUGAUUACUUUGCAUCAGGGGCAGAGGAUCAGUGGACUUUGAAAGAGAACAAUGCAUUCUCAAGGAUUAUGUUUAGGCCACGUGUUCUUAUCGAUGUAAGCAAGAUAGAUUUGACAACAACUGUGUUAGGCUUCAAAAUAUCAAUGCCUAUCAUGAUUGCUCCUACAGCCGCGCAAAAGAUGGCUCACCCUGAAGGAGAAUAUGCUACUGCUAGAGCAGCAUCAGCAGCUGGCACCAUCAUGACACUAUCCUCAUGGGCUACUUCCAGCAUUGAGGAGAUUGUUUCAACAGGACCUGGCAUACGCUUCCUCCAACUCUAUCUGCUUAAAGACCGAAAUAUGGUUACUCAGCUUGUGAGAAGAGCUGAAAAGGCUGGUUUCAAGGCAAUUCUCCUUACUGCAGACUCUCCGGUCAUUGGUCGUAGAGAGGCUGACAUAAAAAAUAGAUUUAUACUGCCAUCAUAUCUGAGAAUGAAGAACUUUGAAGUCAUGGAUCUUGAAAAGUUGUAUAAGAUUAAAGACAAUGGUGGUCUCAUCUCUGUGACUAAUGGUCUAUAUGACCAAUCACUCACCUGGAAGGAUGUAAAAUGGCUUCAAACAAUCACCCCAUUGCCCAUUUUAGUGAAGGGAGUACUUACGGCUCAAGAUGCUAGGUUAGCCAUACAAGCUGGAGCUUCCGGAAUCAUUGUUUCCAAUCAUGGUGCUCGCCAACUUGACUAUGUCCCUGCAACUAUUAUGGCUUUAGAAGAGGUUGUUCAAGCUGCAGAGGGAAGAGUUCCUAUUUUUAUGGAUGGUGGAGUUCGCCGAGGGACAGAUGUUUUUAAAGCAUUGGCUCUUGGAGCCUCUGGUGUAUUUAUUGGAAGACCUGUGGUGUUCUCAUUGGCUGCUGAGGGUGAAGCUGGUAUAAGGAAGGCACUUAAGAUGCUUCAUGAUGAACUUGAAAUAACCAUGGCACUUUGUGGUUGCCCUUCACUGAAGGACAUAACUCGUGACCAUGUUGUGACUGAGCGUGACCGCCCAAGAAUUGCUCCCAGAUUAUGAGACAUCAUUCUCUAUAGUGUUGGAGCAUGAGGAGGGUACUCAUUGAGAAACUUGCAAACAUAGAAAUUUAAUUUUAUAAUCUUAUAAUCAUUUCAUGUUAUAAACAUGAAUUUUUCUCAAACUUUCAUCAAUUUAUUUUGACAAGUUUGAGUUUAACAGUGUAUUUUGACAGAUAUGAAUUUAGAUGGUGGAUUGAAAAAAUGACA